UAAUACCUGUUUCUAUUUAUUUAUGUUGUCUUAUUAUUUCUUAACCAAUUUUUUUUUAAUUUUCAAGAAGUCUUGGCCCUUGCGUCUAGUUUGUGGAGUGGCCUCCCGCUUUUUCUUAUGCAGAUGGGCUCUGUGGCCUAGCGCCCCCGUGCCCACUGUCCAUGAUCUCACGCCAAGGCCCUCAAGGGGUCGCCGCCGAGGUUUCCACCAGCCCACAAGCAAGAGCACGGCAGCCAUCCCCUCCAGCCGCUCGCUCGUGGCCACCCACAACUACUACCGGCGUCGCCUGGGCUCCACUUCCAGUAACAGCUCCUGCGGAAGUGCCGAGUACCCUGGGGAAGCCAUCCCCACCACCCGGGUCUCCCCAAAGCAGACCCGGGACACUGGUGGGCUAGCUUCUUCUUUGGGAAGUCCACUCUCCCGUUCAUGGCCACAGUGCUGGAGUCCCCAGAGCGCUCGGAGUCUGCCCAGGCCUCCACAAGCACGAUCACAAGUGACCUGGCUCAGGAAGCUGUGGGGAAGCAGCAGCCCAGCGGCCAGCCUGGCAAAACCAACUGCAGGCCCCCGUCCUGAGUGACCACCACCAGCUGCCAGGCUUCCUUCCAAGGCGCUAGGCUCAUCAGAGCCCUCUUCCUCCCCCUGCCCUGUACCCUCCCUUCCCCUCCUCUCCCCAAGACCAAGCAGGCUACAGUCAAGGGAAGCAGUUCGGUUUUUAAUAUCAAAACAGCAAAAC